AUGUUGGAGUCUCAGCUAGCUCUAGAACCUAACCUACUAUCAAGGGUACAGCCCAGAGGAGCAGUUAUGUCCUUAGGUCAGGCAACUCUAGCCAGCCAAGUCAUAGAAGUCCUUCACGAGCAGGCCCCAUAUGAACCAAGGCUUCCAGGACGAAGUGAGUCAGGUCCCCGAUGGGCUUCCUGGAAUAUCGGUGUGUUUAUUUGCAUCAGAUGUGCUGGAAUCCAUAGAAAUCUUGGAGUUCAUAUAUCCAGGGUCAAGUCAGUAAACCUAGACCAAUGGACACCGGAACAGAUACAGUGCAUGCAGGAUAUGGGAAAUACUAAAGCAAGACUACUCUAUGAAGCCAAUCUUCCAGAGAACUUUCGAAGACCACAGACGGAUCAAGCAGUGGAAUUUUUCAUCAGAGAUAAAUACGAAAAGAAGAAAUACUAUGAUAAAAAUGCUAUAGCUGUUACAAAUAAAGAAAAGGAAAAAAAAAAGGAUGAGAAAAAGAGAGAAAAGGAACCAGAAAAGCCUGCAAAACCUCUUACAACUGAAAAGCUACAGAAGAAAGAAGAUCAGCAAUUAGAGCCUAAGAAAAGCACCAGCCCUAAAAAAGCUGCAGAGCCUACUGUUGAUCUUUUAGGACUCGAUGGUCCUGCGGACGCACCAGUGACUAAUGGGAAUACGACCGCAGUGCCGGCUCUGAAUGAUGAUCUGGACAUCUUUGGACCAAUGAUUUCUAAUCCCUUACCUGCAACUGUCAUGCCCCCAGCUCAGGGGACGUCCUCUGUACCAGUAGCUGCCACUGUGUCUACAGUAACAUCUGGGGAUCUGGAUCUAUUCACUGAACAAAUGACCAAGUCAGAAGAGGUGGUAAAGAAACAGCUCUCCAAAGACUCCAUCUUGUCUCUGUACGGUGCAGGGACCACUCAGCAGCAGAGCACGCCUGGUGUAUUUAUGGGACCCACAAGUAUACCAUUUACCUCACAAGCACCGACUGCAUUUCAAGGUUUUCCGUCAAUGGGUGUACCUGUGCCUGCAGCUCCUGGCCUUAUGGGAAAUGUGAUGGGACAGAGUGCAAACAUGAUGGUGGGCAUGCCCAUCCCCAAUGGGUUUAUGGGAAAUGCACAAACUGGUGUGAUGCCACUGCCUCAAAAUGUGAUUGGCCCCCAAGGAGGAAUGGUAGGACAGAUGGGCGUACCCCAGAGUAAAUUUGGCCUGCCACAAGCUCAACAGCCCCAGUGGAACCUAUCACAGGUGAAUCAGCAGAUGGCCGGCAUGAGCAUGGGCAGUGCGAGCCCCGCGCUGGGCUUUGGCCAGCCCCCCAGCACGACAGCAGGGUGGUCCGGGGGCUCGUCGGGUCAGACUCUGAGCACGCAACUGUGGAAGUGAGGGCUGCAGCACGAGUUUCAUCCAGAACUGCCACCUGACAUUCCUUGCUGAAAUGCAUCUAGUUCCCCUGUUUAUUCAUGUACAUAUAUAUUUUUUCUUCUUCCCCAUUUGUUCACAUUAAGAAUUAUCUGAUUGACUGUGUUGGUUUGUACUGAUUAAAUUUGAUGUGGUGAAAAGCAGGUUGAGAAACCAUUUUAUGUCCAGGGCAGCUUUGCUCAUAGUUCCCAUAACUUCAUAAACCACAUUAUUUGAGAAGCUGCUCAAUCAACUUGCAUAAUCAGUUUUACUCUCAAUAAAAUUAUAGCUCUAAUGUUUGCAUAUAAGGAAAAUAGUUAUCAUGUUAGUAAUACCUCUAACAGUAUAACCCCACCCCCAAAUUAGCCAGUAAUCUUGUAGGAAGGUACUGUAUGAUCAAAUGGUUAAUCAUAUAAAUAGAAUGUAAAUGUAUCACUGAGCACUGUUUUCUAGUGUAUCCAAAUUCUUUUAUUUCAUCAUUUCCUUCACUGUGCUGUUGUUAUGAUGUGCUUAACAGGGAACGUGGUUAGUGAAAGGAAGAUAAACCUGGAUGUUACUAUAAAACUUAGUUUAAUGAAUAUUUAAGGAAUUUAAAUUUUAUCUGCCUCUCCUGCAAUUUGGAUCUCUUCUUAUGUACAUAGUGCUAACAUGAAGACCUUUCUCUGCACUAUAUGCAAACAGGGUAACUAAACAAAGCCACUUUCAAUCCUUGAAGGUAUAUCCAGGUUUAUGACAGUAAUUGUGUUUACAUUUUAUGGUGCCUAGUAUUGACAAAAUGUUCUCUCCCUAUAUUAAAUAGAUGAAUCCAUAGACCUUUUUUUGUGGGUUUUAUUUCCUAAUAUGUAUACUGCCACCAACCUUACGUAGAUUACUUAAUGUUGCUAAGUCAGAAAUUGGGGACAAAAUACUUGUCAUCUGUUUCUAAAACCUGUUCAGUUCUACCAAUGAUAAGGCCAAAUGGGGAAAAAAAGGAAAGUAUGUAAGAUACUCAGAAUGGUACCUGCAGUGUCAUUAGCUGUACUGUACAAAGAUCUUCCAGUUUAGUUGUAGAGAAAACAUGCAGAACAAAUGAAGAAAAACACAUUUUAUACCGUCCGAUUAGCUUAUGUUAACUGGCAAGCUCUGUUUAACAGAUGUCCAUCAGAUGUCAAUAAAGCUGUUGUGCUGAA